AUGGCGACACGAGAGAUGAUAAUAGAUGAGAGUGAUGAUAUCGAGAGCUACAGUGAGCCAACUCUUUGUCUGGAUAAAGCCAAGGAGCUUCUUGCUCUCAUCAAUCUACCCACAGGAUUGCUGCCAUUGAAGGAUAUGACAGAAGUCGGGUACAACAGAACAAAAGGGUUUGUGUGGAUGAGGAUGAGGAGCAAGAUUGAGCAUACAUUCCGUGAAAUAGGUCGUAAAGUGAUAUAUGACACGGAGAUAACUGCGUUUGUUGAGGACCGUCGGAUGAAGAGACUUACCGGAGUCAAAAGCAAGGAGCUCAUGAUCUGGGUUCCUGUCAAUGAUAUCUUCAUCAAAGAGAAAGAUCCUGAGAAGAUCACCUUUGCUAAUACCACCGGCCUGUCACGAACAUUCAAAGUUUCAGCAUUUCAGAUGUAA